AUGAAGAAUAAAAUUGUGCCUAUUUCUUCCAAGUUGUCCCAGUUGAUAGAAUUAAGUGAAAGACUUUCGUCAGAUGACAGUCUUCCUACUUUGUUACCUGAUUCAACAAAUGCUUCUGUCUUUGUGCAUGAUGUUCGCGAAGCUGGAGAAAGUUUAAUUCAAGUAGCUAAAGAAUGGAUUAACAAAUGCGAAAACACAAGAGCAAGUGCCCAAAUGAAGCAGGCUAGUGAGAAUCUUCAAGAAACUGUUGAUAAAGUCUGUCAGUUGUCAGUGAAUCUUAAUUCUGACAAACAUUCUGAGACAUACAAGGAGCUAGUAUUGGUUUCUAACCACCUACUCCAGUACACUUUUCAAAUUUUUUUGAUUGCAAAAGAAUCUGAACUGAAAAACCUUUCCGAUAUUGUCACAAGAGUGAAAAAUAAAGCUUCUAUGUUGAAAUGGAACAUCACAAGUGCAGAAAGUAUGACAAAAUAUUUCAAAGAACUGACUGAGGAACUGUUACUUUUAAACAAACUUUGUAUGCGAAGACACAAGGAACUCAUUGGUGAACAACAACAAAAGGAUAUGAUUGUUAAUGGGUUGCAUAUGAUUCGAAUUAUUUUUCCUUCAUUACAAGAAAUUCUAAAGACUUGCUUGGCUAGACCAAAUGAUGAACAUGCUAAAUCACGGCGAGAUUUCGUAAUUCAUCGUAUAAUCACAGCAGCAUCCCUACUUAAUGAUGUUAUAAUGAAUCGUUUGCCAACUGAUCCUAUGGUUGUUAAUGAACCUGGCUUUUUUGUCAAUCUUUUGAGCAAGAUUAUUAAUACCCUGUCUGAAACAAAUCGUGUUCUGCUGUGUGAAAACUUUGAAAGUUGGCUGCAUUCAGCUAUCCAGCAUGCAAUGUGUGUAGCUCAUUUCAUUCCCAAAGAAAGACGAGAGCUUGUGGUCAAUGUCUGUCUCAAGGUUCUUGAAGCCCAACGUUAUGUCUACAGUCUUUACCAAAAACUCUCUUCAGAAAUUAAGGAAGAGCAGCUCAGAAACACUUAUAACUCUUGGUGUAAUAAAUUGAUAAAUUGUUUAUGCCAUCUUGAAGUCCGUAUCAACAAAGAAGUUCUUCAUCUUUUGGUCAGUGUUUUUGCAGAGACUUCAGAGCCAUUGGAACGUUUAGUUGAUCCAGUUCUUUUUCCUGGAGCUAGUGAAUGCGAUGUAAAAAAGUUGAUGUCAUUGAAAGAUUUCUUCCAUAAUCACUUGGACAGCGUUUGGAAUGUUGCUCGAUUUGUGGCUGCCAGUUCACACAAAUUAAAACGAGUGCGUGAAAUUGAAAUAGCAAUUCAUAACUUUGAAUGUUUGGAUCCUGAAAUAUCUUCACUAAUAAGCUUAAAAAUUCAAGAGCUUUCAAAUCAACCUAUUUGUAUGUCUGAUGCUGCCAUUAUUCAGCUGAAGAUGCUAGUCAAAGAAUGGAAAAGCCAAAUGACCAAUCUAGUCACAUUAUUGGACCUUACAGUUGAUCCACACCUCUUUCUUGCUGUCUCAGCCAAAAGGUUAAAAGAGGAACUGAUGCCUUGUCAUGAUUUGGCCAGGGCUUAUGACUUUCAAAAGCUGCUUUGCCUAAGUCGAUCCAUUAGAGCCAAGACUAUGAGAAUAGCACAGUUUCUUGCAAAUAUCAAAAACAGUGAAAAUACUUUCAGUGACUGGCUCUAUCAAACCCAAAUCAUUGAAAAAAUUGAACAAGCACUCCAAGUGCAUAAAACCCAUCACAAGUCUCUGAAAGAGGCCGCAAAUUUUAAAGGACUAUCAAAAUUUAAUGUCACAAGCUUCUUGGAAUCAACUUCAUUUUUAAUUGAAACAUCUGAGCAAGCAACAAAUUUAUUGUGUUCUAAUAAUUCAACUCAGGAUGAAUCACUACUAAAUUCUGGAUAUUGUCCAUUCCUCACUCCACAAAGUAGACAGCCACUUCUGUUGCCUAUUUGUUCCCCUGGAUGUAAUCCUUUGAAAACUCAAAUCAAUUGCCCUACUAACAUUACAAAACAAAUCUCUUUGACAACACCAACUGUUCACUGGACAGAGCUGACCACUUUGCUUACUCAUCCACCUAAUGAACCUUGGAAUGUCAUGUCAUGCCUGGAAUAUAUUCCCUCCACAAACAGUAAUUGCCAUAUUUCUUCUUCACAGAGUCCACACAAUACUUUAGUGUAA